AUGGUUUGUUCAUUCUAAAAAAAACAGAUAUAGUUCUUUUUUUUCAGGAGGACGAAGAUCGCCCUCGCUGUUGUGUAAAUGGCGAUGUUCGUUGAUUUCUUGAUAUUGACUUUAAAGUUUUGUUCAGUGCAAUCAAUGCUAUUCGCCAACUUCUCCCACUCCAGAAACACAAUAUCAACAUCACGAUUGGUGGUAUCAGCAGGUGAAGAAAGCUUGAACUAAAAGUCAAUAUGGAAAUGGAACACGGCGUUUAUCAUUUUUAUUGGAUUUAUUAAUUUCAAUUUUCGAGGUCGUAAGGGGUUCGCCAUGUUUGAGAGAUGACACAAAAUUUAACCGUCUUAGACACGCUUAAAAAAUAUUUUGAAUGGUCUUCAGGACGCCGCUAUGAAAGUGCUAUACUAUUUUUUUCUUUCUAAUAAAAUUUUUUUAGAAUGAAGAAGGAUUUUGCGGCUCGCCAUCUCAGGAAUAUCAGCCGAAUGGUCUCUGUUGCUCGCAAUUGGAUCAAAACCCAGAAAGAAACGAAGACGUUCGAGAGGUAAACUCGGGUUUUUUUUUCAAUAAAACUUUUCUUGAGGAUCUGGAGGGAGAGAGGCCCCGUUCGCCUUCCCCGGGUCUCCAGCAAAAUCGCGUGGCAUCGCCUCAACUGGAUGAAGUUCAAGAACAAUAUGAAUACGAUCACGAAGCAACUCAAAGUUUUUUUCAAUUAUUUUUUUGUUUCUACAGGUGCUCGCCACGCCGCCACCGCCACCGCCAACGUCACCGCCACCGCCACCGCCGCCGCCACCAGAAGAAGACGAUGAAAAAAAGAACCAGAUGAAGAUGAUGAUUUCUCGAGGCGUUCAACGCCACCAAUUGGCGGUCGAUAUAGAAGUCCUUCAAUUUCGGUAAUUUUGAAGUUUGUGAACUAUUCAGUGACUAAGGAACCAGACAUUGCUUUUUGACUGUGACUCAAGGGAUCAGGUGAAGAGUUAAUCUGAUUUUGGACUUUAUUUUCCAACUCAUAAGCAAAGACGUGAAGAUGUGUGGUAAAAAAUUGAUCUACUAAUAAUUCAUAGAUCAGGCUAAUCAAAAAAUUCAAAUUCAGGAUGGGGUUCAUGAAGAUGAUGCUCCGCUAACGCGCAGCGUCACUCCUGUCUCUCCCUUUGAAGUAACUUUAUUUAUUAUAUGCUUUUCAAGUAACUGAUCUUCUCCCUUUUUCUAAAAAUCUUCCUGACGAUUAGGAUAAUGCUGAGCUUUAGAAAAGGGAUGAAUCUGAACAGGAGAGAGGUGGAAACAAAAGUAAUGAAUCGGAGAACGACUCUGAAGACGAAGAGAACAAAGAAAGUCGCUCCAUGAAAAAAGGAUCGAAGGUAGUUUCCAUUCUGCUUCUAUGUUGCAAGAACUCCAAAAGUAGUAUUCGAUUGUGAAGCUUGAAAAAUGGAACCAAUUUGUAUCGAAGUCGGCAUGAUAUUCAAAUCUAACACGUAGGAUGGGCUUUCACUUCAACGAGCAAAUUUCAAAAAGCAUGGAGGAUGGAAGUUUUCAGCAUACGCACAAGUCUCGCAACGUGUCCGAAAGUCCGGACGACGACGUGGAUGGAGAGAAUAAUUCCGAUGACGGACACCGUCGCAAAAAUCGCUCAAUGAAAAAAAGCAAAAAGGUUAUUUUUGAGCUCGCAUUGUCUAAAGAGAACGCAAACGUUGAUUUGUAAAUAUGAAAAGUAGAGAGAAAUUUGAUAGUUCUAGAGAAUGGAGUUCGCUCAAUCUUAAAGAUGAGCCUUUGUCAUAAAAACUUUCCAUCAAGCACAGUUUAAGCCAUUAACAGUGAAUUGAAUAGUUCAAUGUUUAAUGAAAGUUUUACUUUUGUACAAAUGUAUUGAAUAAUGUUUCAAUUCAGAAAAGGAGCAGCCCUUCCGAUUCGAACGAUGAUGGUUCUACGGAAAACGGAGAUCGGUGCGCUGCUUCGCUGAGAGGAGCUAACAGUGAAGACGAAAUUGACGAAGAACCUCAUUCUUCCCGCCGUUCCGCGUCAAUUCGUCGUCGUCACAGAGGGCGUCCCAAUUCGGUAACUUUUAAAUUUGCGAGCUAAGAUUCUGAACACGAAGCUAAUGUACCAGGGAACUUGGAAAACCUAGCUUGAACUAAUCAAAAAGAUAGAGAAGUUCUGAAAAAAAAAAUUUUUUUAGGAGAGGAACUACGAAGGCUCCAGCCGUUUCUCACCGGAUCGACGUCGCCACAGAAGGCGCCCUGAUUUGGUAACUAAGUAGUUGCAAGCUGUUCAAAGUCUUCAAACACGUUUUUCUUGUUAUUGCAUUUUAUGAAAUCAGAAUUAUUGAACCCUUCAGAAAAUCAAGAAGAUGUUGAAAUAUCCAAAAAAGAGGUGCAUGAAGCUUGUUCAUCUUUGAGACCUGCUCAAAAAAAAAAAAAAUAAAAGCCUUAAACACAAGUUAUUUUACCAAAAACUUAUAUUUUUGAUCAAAACUGCUGUGAGAACAUUUGAAGUUUAGGAGAGCAAUUACGAAGGCUCCAGCCGUAGCCGCCACUCUCCGGAUCGACAUCGCCACCGAAGGCGCCAAAAUUUGGUAAUUCUAAAGUUGAAAGCUAUCCAGAGACUCUUAGAAUAGAGAAUAGUCAUUUUUGUUUUUGCAAUUCAUGAGAGCAAAAAAUUUAGUUAACGGUGCUUGAGAUCUCUAGAACUAUAGAUAAGAAUGUCAGAAAAAGGUUAAUGACGCUCGUUCAUCCGCAGGCGUUCAAAGGAAUUAAAGCCCUAAACACGAGUUUAACCAUCAAAAAAUUAAGACUUUCAGCAAGUAAUUCAAAAAAAAAAAUGGUGUGGAGAGUUCUAAAAAAAGCUUGAGUUUUAGGAGAGAAACUACGAAGGCUCCAGCCGUUUCUCUCCGGAUCGACGUCGCCACAGAAGGCACCAAGAUUUGGUAACUCUGAAGUUGCAAGUUAACCAGUAGCUGUGAACCAUUUCCUUUUGUUUUUGCGAUUCAUGAGCUCAAAAAAUUAUGAAAAACUUAGAGAAUACAAAAAAGUAUAGUAAACUAUCACAACGAGAAGUAAAUGAAGUAAAUUAAUUUUUCUAAAAAAAUGGAGUUAACCAUCCAGAAAAACUUCAAAUUGAAGCAAAUUGUUUGAAAAAAAUUGCUGUUAGAAAAAUUUGAAGUUUAGGAGAGCAACUACGAAGGCUCCAGCCGUAGCCGUCACUCCCCGGAUCGACGUCGCCACAGAAGGCGCCGAAAUUCGGUAUUUCUGAAGUUGCGAAUCAUUCAGUGAAUCUCGAAGACCUCAUUACAAAAAGAUAAUGAUCUGAAAACGAAGUUAAUCUACCACUGAACUCGAAAACUUUAAGAGCAGAACUGCUUAGGAAAAUUUGAAAUUUAGGCGAGAAAUUACGAAAGGUCUAGCCGUUCCGUGCCGCGUCACCGUCGCCACAGAAGGCGCCUGGUUUCGGUAAUUUUAAAGCCAUUGUUGUUCUGACCAUUUCUUCUAUGUAAGAUAUACUGCGUCGAAUUUCAGAGAAACGUUUCUCCGGAUCCUGAAGAAGAUGGUUCUUCGGGCGGAGAUCAACGCAUUGCUUCUCCACAGCAAGGAAUUGAGAGCGAGGAAGACUCACGUGCGAGCACGCCGAUCCAAGAAUCAUACAACAAACGGAAGAUUUCAGUGAGUUUACCUCAUAUAAGCUAGCCAGAAAUCAACUGAUUAAUUUUCGAAAAAAUCCUCUUCGCUAAAAAAAAAAUGACCAGAAUCUUGAGUAACAAGUUCGUUUUUGAGAAAAAAAAUUGACCCGAUAUCGGAAAAUCGACAAAAAGGAAUUCAGGAGAGUUCUUCGGAAGACGAAGUCAAUGUCUCUCCACAAGUCAGCCCCAAGUCUGACUCUUCUCCUGAAAGCCCUGAAAGUCCGGACGAGCUCGUGAGUUCUUACUUAGCAUUGGCCUUUUCAAACCGUGAUAUCGAAAAAUUCAGAGUGGCGGAGAAGAUAAUAACGAGUCAGAUGAUGGCGGAAACAGAAACGACGAGGAAGAAAUCGAAAACUUGGAGAACGGGGCAGAAGAAAACCGCGAAGAAAACGAUUUGGAUCGUUCGGUAUAGACUUGAGUUUCCGGAGAGCAUUUUAUUUUAGGUUCUAGAGAGAUUCAAUCACUACGCUGAGUAAGGCGCUUUAAUCUUAUGAUAGACUUUUUUAUCCAUGAAGCUAAGAAUAAUGAAUCGAAUGUCUGAUUUUAGAAUAACCGCCAUGAUCCGUUGGAACGCGGUCCCAACGGAGUAGAGAACAAUGCUGAGGAUAAUAUUAUUCACGACGAAGAUCUUUUUCGCUGAAAUUUCGGUGAUUUUCAAACUUUCAUUGCAGUGAUAACUUUUCAUGAAUCUUUUUUUAUUAUAAUUUUUUUAUAAUUUUUUUCAGGGAACAAAUACUUUGACGCCAGAGGAUCCUAUCGUGAAUCGAAAUGAAGAAGCUCCUGCGGUACAAAUUUGAUUCUUUAAAUCUUUUUUUUUCCGAAUUUGAGUCUUCGAAGGACCCGAUUUUAGAAUGCAAUACUAAAGAGCACCACUCCAGGAUCAAAAGCUAGCAUUUAUUCUUUUUUUUUUGAGUUUCGAGUAACGCUUCUGACUGUCAAUAUUGUUUCUAUAUCAAAAGAUACAAAUUGUAACUCAAAAGGCUAAUUAUUCAAAUCGGUGUUUCAUUUCUCUUAUGUUUUCAGGAGGUUGCUCCGUUGGCUGAGAAUGGCGGAAAUGCCAAUGAACAGCAGGUUUCUUCUUUUCUUUUUUUAAAGUUUAAAUUUCUUGUUUUCUGAAAUCAUUUAUUUUGAAAAAAAAUAAAGAGAGGAGAGUCUAUAUUCAAAUUUGAAGACCUCAAAAAAGUUAGCUCUCAUCGCGCAGAAGACGCCUUGGAGCAUCAGUGACUAUAACUUUUUUUUAACACGAAACCAUGUUUUUAAAAUGAAUUCUAAGAAAUAAAAUCAGAAUAUCUUCAGUUUUUUUUCUAAUUUUAAAAUUAAAGCUUCGUCCUCCCGAUGCUCCCGCACAAGAAAUGCCGAACGUCUUUCUGCCUCCUCCGUUGAUGCAAAACGUACUUUUUUCUCAAAAUCAUGAAAUUCAUACCAAGAUAGUGAGAUUUUUGUAAACCCGAGAAAUGAUUGCUGAAUCUAAGAACCAAAAGCCUCGAAAAAUGAGCAACUUCGAGAAGAAGAUUACUUGACUUUUAUCUCGAGUAAAUUUUUCAAAAGAGUCAUGAGAAGAAAUUAUGAAAAUAGUUCAACUCUUUUCAUCAACUUUCAAAUUUCAGUUCAAUCCUCUGAACUUGGCGCUCAAUUCUCUUCGAGUCAACCCACCGCCACCGAUGAUGCCGAUGCCGUUGAUGCUUGGAGCUCCUCCAAUGAUGCCAAACGUAAAUUUUCUGUUUUCUUAAAAUUAGAAAGCAGUGCUCUACAGUAACAUCAAAACGAACAAAACUCUGUGACAAAAAAAAUCAGUCAGCCUAGGUUGAAAAUAAGUUAUCAAAUUUCAGUGGAACCCAUUCCUCGGACCGCCUCAUCCUCCUGCUCCUCAUCCUCAUCCUCCGUUCCCUCCGCAUCCAAGGAUUCCCUUCCAGAACAACUCCUUCAAUCGCCGCAGACCUUUCAACGGAAAUCCGACCGUAAUUCCACACUUUGAAACAUUUGACAAAGAGCGCUCUUUUCAGGGUAACGGGCAGCCGCCAAAGAGACGUUUCACUGGUCAUUUCUUCCCCCGUUGA